AUGUCUGCCUGCAGCAAGUGCGGUGAGAGGCCAGCAGCUAAAAAUAAAAUCGCAUGUAGAUGUUGUUCGAAUAUUUAUCAUUGGGAGUGUACUGAUAUAAGCGUAUCCAAAAUACCGGAUUAUAAUUCUGGAAAUCUGAUAUGGUUAUGUUUGACCUGUAGCACGAAACUUGAAAGUGGUGCCAAAAAGUCAGGUAAUAGUGUGAAUAUGAAAACUGAUAUGGCCAUUCUCAAUGAUAUCCAAGCUACAGUACAAUUUAUUUCACGUCAGCAAGCUGAAUUUCUCAAGAGUUUAAAUGACAUUAAGGUGGAUGUUGAGUCAUUAAAAACUAACUUCAGUUCCCAGUGCAUAGCAGUGGAGGAUAAUACUGAAAAAAUAUCAGCAUUAUCCGAAACCAUUCAAGGCCUGAAGCUCGAAAAUCAGCAAUUACAAAUGAAAAUGAAUAAAAUUGACCAAGCCGGACGUUUCAAUUGUUUGGAGGUCACUGGAGUUCCUGAGCCGCGUGGAGAAAAUGUUUUUGUGACUGUUCAGCUGCUUGGUGUUGCUUUAGGCGCGCCAUCCCCCGAUCUGUCAUCUGUCGACGAUCUGUCAUCGGUGGUCGGUAUGACAGAAGCCGGCCGGUCCUUCCUGACAAAGUUGUGCCGCCUGGAAGCUUCGGUUCGCACGGGUAGAAGAGGCGGGGAGAACGAAAGAACGAAAGAACGAAAGAACGAAAGAACGAAAGAACGAAAGAACGAAAGAACGAAAGAACGAAAGAACGAAAGAACGAAAGAACGAAAGAACGAAAGAACGAAAGAACGAAAGAACGAAAGAACGAAAGAACGAAAGAACGAAAGAACGAAAGAACGAAAGAACGAAAGAACGAAAGAACGAAAGAACGAAAGAACGAAAGAACGAAAGAACGAAAGAACGAAAGAACGAAAGAACGAAAGAACGAAAGAACGAAAGAACGAAAGAACGAAAGAACGAAAGAACGAAAGAACGAAAGAACGAAAGAACGAAAGAACGAAAGAACGAAAGAACGAAAGAACGAAAGAACGAAAGAACGAAAGAACGAAAGAACGAAAGAACGAAAGAACGAAAGAACGAAAGAACGAAAGAACGAAAGAACGAAAGAACGAAAGAACGAAAGAACGAAAGAACGAAAGAACGAAAGAACGAAAGAACGAAAGAACGAAAGAACGAAAGAACGAAAGAACGAAAGAACGAAAGAACGAAAGAACGAAAGAACGAAAGAACGAAAGGAAGAACGGAAAAACGAAAGAACAAAAAAACGAAAGAAAGAACGAAAAAACGAAAGAACAAAAUAUCGGAUGA